AUGCCCGGCCUCACCCCCGCCCAACUCUCCACCUUCAACACCACGGGCUACCUCAUAAUCCCCGACUACCUCACCCCCACCGAAAUCUCCGCCUGCCUAACGGAAACCAACAACCUCCUAACAACCUUCCCCCUCGACACCCACCCGCUCACCCAAUUCACCACAGGCGACACCUCCUCCUCCCCCACCGACAAACACGUCGGCGACACCUACUUCCUCGAAAGCGGGGACAAAAUCCGGUACUUCUUCGAACCGUCCGCCAUCUGCCCCACCACCUCGACGCUGCUCAAGCCCAAACACCUCGCGGUGAACAAAAUCGGACAUAGCCUGCACACGCUCUCCGAGCCAUUUAAAUCCAUUACGCUGUCGCAACGCAACGCAGAUAUCGCCCGAUCCCUGGGAUUCAAAGACCCAAGGGUGCUGCAAAGUAUGGUGAUUUGCAAGCAGCCGGGAAUUGGUGGCGCGGUGCCCCCGCACCGUGACAGCGAGUUUCUGUAUACGGAUCCGCCGAGUGCUGUUGGGUGGUGGAUUGCGUUGCAGGAUGCGGGCAAGGGGAAUGCCAGUUUGGGCAUGGUGAGGGGGAGUCAUAGACGCGCGGAUGGUGGGGUGGGGAGGAGGUUUGUUAGGGUUUAUAAUGAAAAAGGGGAGGUGGAUGGGACGGGGUUUGUGGAGAAUGAAGGGGAGAGGUUUCCUAAAGGGUUGGAGGUUGAUGAUGAGGGUGGUAAUGAGGGUGAAGGGGAUGAGGUCGAGGUGGUGGAUGUUAAGGCGGGGUCGUUGGUGUUGAUUCAUGGGAAUGUCUUGCAUAAGAGUGAGAGGAAUACCGGGGAUAAGAGUCGGUUUGCUUAUACGUUUCAUGUUAUUGAGGGGGCGGAGGGGUGGGAGUAUGAUGGGAGGAAUUGGUUGCAGCCGACGGGGGAAGGGUUCUCUAGGCUGUAUGAUGAUCAUUCUAACUAG